UUAUUGGUGACACUAUAGACCGGCCUACCUGUUCAUUUCUCUUUUCGGUUUAUUGUCAUUUCAUGUAUUCAUAUUUAAGAAUAAACACAACUCUGUUGAAUCGAAUAUCCAUGAUUUGAUAAUGAGGAUAAGAUAAAAUAAAAACCGCAAAUCAUUUAAUCUUCAAAAAAUGAAGCGACUGAAUAUAUAACACAGUGGAAUUUGUGAACUUUUUACUCUGUCAGUAAGCCAACAAAUUGUCGGAUUUCUUUCUCUCAGAUAUUCAUGGAUAAAUAUCAAAACUAAUUAUUGAUUAGUAGCUAACAAGAUAAAGUGGAAGUUGGAUAGAGGAAACGCUGAUAUUAUUGGAAAAACAGAUUAUUGAAUAACAUUAUUACAACCCUUUUCUGAUAUAAACUUGUGCAAUAAUUAACGAAAAGAAAGUAAUUCACUAAGCAUAAAUCCAAACCGCUCUUCAACAUCAUUAUCAAUGCCAGUAUUAUGGUUUAAAACAGUUGGAUCGCGAAAACAAUCAACCGCUUCAGCAGAAUUUGAAAGAAAUGAAGAUUGCGGAGUGAAAAAGACAUCUCUAACUAAUGUGUCAGCUGACUGUAAGUGCAAGGAGGAGAUGGAUACACACGGAAGGCGAUUUUUGCGUUUUCUUAAAACUGGUAACAUAAAGAAAUCGAAAAAACAGAAAAUGGAUUUAAUCGCUGAUGAGGUAUCACCAUUUGAAGCAAUAAGAAACGCUUCAGAGAAACAUUCACAGUUUGCAAAAUAUUUAGCCUUGGAAAGUUCUACUAAUCUAAGUAUGACAUAUCUUCCAUCAACUGUUAAAAUGAGCUUACAGUGGCCUGAAGAAGAAAAGUCCAGCAAUUCUGAACCCGAAGAAAGAGAAAUUUUACCGUUUCAAACUACUGAAAGUGUUAACACACUAAUUGGUGACUCCGAGGACGACAGAAACAAUAACAUCGUUGUACGGCCCCCUAAAUACGGUCAAAGAAUUCCAAGUGCUACACAAUCAGAUAAUCUUUCAGAUAUAUCCACUGAGAGAAUAUCAAAGUUAUAUUCAAAAAGUGAAAAAGUUUAUCCACCUACUCCUGUUGUCUGUAAAUCAGCAGUAGCUCUUCGUCAUCCACGGACACCUACAUUAGGAAGAACUGCUCUUUUUGUCCGUGCUUCAUACACGAGUAUAGACAAGUCAGCAGCAGCAUCUAAUAUGACACUUUGCAAGCAAAGUACUGAAAGGGAUACCAGCACUUUGAAUGAUUCUCAAUUGAACAACUUUCCAAAUUUAUCAAGUGUACAUUCAAGUUACUUGAGCCGAAGUUCAAGCAUAAACUGUGAACUUCGAGAUUUCAGCCAAAAUCCACAAACAAGCAACAGUCAACCUUCCAUGAAAAAUGACUCACCAUCUCAAAGAGAUAUCCUGUGCCAUACUUCUAGAGUUUGCCAUUAUUCAACGAAAAUUCCAACAAAUACAACAAACAGACAUAGCUGUCAUGCUUACGAUACAGUACCACUAGACAAACUGGAGUGUUUAAAACUGAUUCCUUCAGUUCAAAUGUUGAAUAAACCCUCAGAAACAAGAUCUAUAUCUUCCAAAACAACAACAGUCGAAUCUUCUAGAUGCAAUUCCCAUGAAUUUAAAGUAGUGGACGGCGUUCCAAAAUCGCAGUCACAUUCUUCUGGAUACAAUUAUAAAGAAAAUGGAGUUGACAUCAACAAAACUGAAAGACAUACAGAUAAUGCAUCUACUAUUUCAUCAUCAAUAAUUCAGGGAUUACUACCGAAUAACAAUCAGCUAUGUGAAAACUUUUCAGUGUUACAUUUUGAAUCUAGUCGUUCACUGGAGGUUUCAAGUCCCAAUUAUGAUUCUCCAUCAUCUUCUAAAAGUUGUAACAUUGUUUUAAAUUUACGUAAACCAGUUAAAACGCCAAAAGCUACAGUACAAUCUAUUAAACGAGAGCCUAACCAAAAAACCACUAGCUCAGAACUGCCAAUACAUGCGAAAUUUCAGGAAACAUGCAAAUCGAGUACACCGAUUACUCUCAGAUCAAGCGAAAAUCAAAUGAGAAGCUACUGUGAACUAAACAACCAGUCGACAUCGUUGCCAAAGCAAAAAGUUAAAUCAAAAAGAAAUGCGUAUCAGUCAUCAUGCAGACAAACAACAGAAUCCAUUCAGCAGUCACAGAAUGGUCAACAUUUGAACAUAUCUAUUAGUGCUGGAUCUGUCAGAUUGAGAAGACACGAUAAACCAGAAUUGGAAAAUGAACAACACAGAGAUGUUUCUCUUCGGAUUUCAAUACAGGAAGUUAAAAAUUUGUCUGCCAAAGGACGAUACUUUUGUGAGAUAUGCUUGGAUCGUAUACUUUAUGCACGCACUACCAGUAAACUCUCAGAUGGUACAGUAUUCUGGGGUGAACAGUUCGAUUUGAAUAACCUACCUCCAAUAUCUAUUAUGACAAUCAAUUUAUUCAGACAAGGCAGUUCUUUCAAGGACAAACGACAGAGAAGUAAAAGCCAAAAUCAAUUUAUCGCCUAUGUCACUAUUCCACUCAAUGAUGAAUCAAAACAAUGCGAAGUACAACAAUGGUUCACAAUGCAACCUCCACAACUGGGUCCAAAUUUAAAUUAUCUCGAGAGCCUACAAGGUAGUCAGCAGCACCAACUACAAGAACAGAAUGACACAAAUCAAUCUUCACUAAUGAAUUCAGUUAGCGGACGAUCUGGACGCUUUAGGAAACAUUCUACUCCAGCUACAUGUUUUGGUUAUUCCAGUGCAUUUUCAGGAAUAAAUAACUCACAGAGCUCAAAUAACAAACCAAGUAAUGAUGAAGCAAAGUAUACUCCUAUUGAACAGUCGAAGAAGAAAACUUCAUGGACAGCUGGUAUUAGUACAGAUAUAAAUAUGAAUAAAAAUAAUAAAAGUAGUCCUAAGUCAUCAUUUGUUACAAAUAAUACUCCAUGUCAUUCACCAAACAGCAAUUCAAGUACGACAAAUUUUAUUCUACCCGAAAAUUCUUUACCUCAAAUAAGAAUGAAAAUUCAUUAUGAAGUCGUUGACAUUCUACCUAUUGUAUGCUAUGAUGCGCUAAAAGAGUUCAUUAAGACAAAAUAUUUGGAUUUAAUCAAGAGUUUAGAAGUAAAAUUAUCUGCUAAACAAAAAGAAGAAUUAGCUAGUUGUCUUGUGAAUAUUUUUGAAAAGUCAUCAGACUUGUCGGUAGCUGAAUUGCUAACAGAAUUGCUGCGUGAAGAUAUCAAUAACAAUGGCAAUGGAUCAAUGAUAUUUCGCGCCAAUUCUACUGGUUCAAAAGCAAUGGAGUGUUACAUUAAGCUGGUAGGAUCUGAUUACUUGAAGUACCUUUUAAGUUCAACAAUCGAUCAGUUACUUGUCAUUGAAGAUGAAUUUGAAGUAGAUCCUUCAAGACUGGGGAACACGAAUGAUACAUCAAAUGCAUCAAAUAACCGCAAUCCAUUACACACUAUAUUAGAAAGAAAUCGCACAGCUCUAUUGAAAUAUGUUGCUGUGAUAUGGCGAAGGAUUGAGGCCAGUCAAUGUAAAAUACCUAGAGAAUUACGUGAAGUCUUUAUUGCAUUAGCAGCUGCUGUCGAAGAAACCCAUGGAGUUCAGUCAGCUGCACAUCUUAUUUCAAGCUGUUUAUUUCUACGUUUCAUAUGUCCAGCUAUUCACGGUCCAGUUCUAUUUGGUCUAGCUUCAUCAAUACCAGAAGAUAAUCGUAUACCCAGAAAUUUAACAUUAAUAGCUAAAGUUCUGCAGAAUUUAGCUAAUUUAACCUUGUUUGAAGAUAAAGAGCCUCAUAUGAAAUCUUUGAAUUCAUUUGUUGAACAAGAAAUCCCGGUCAUGUAUAAAUUUCUUCGAUCAAUCUCAACAACUGAUGAUUCAAGUUACCAGUCGUCUCCUGUUUCUGACUGUCAUGAAUUUAUUGAAUUAGGAUAUGAAUUUGCAAAACUUACCCAAUUACUUAAUGUUCAUGUAAAUAAAAUUAGUAUCACUCCUAGAAUUGCAGAAUUGCCAAGUCUUUUACAAGAUAUAACAGACGCAUUAAACAAUCAUAUUUUAACAUCAUGGACUCAUAAGAGAACGUGUAAUUGUGAAAAAUACACAAAUAAUCUACAAAAUUCAAUGGCCUGUAGGUGUGGAAUGCAAAGACACCAUAGCUUUGAUGUACAAAAUCCUAUUUCAAAUGCAGGUAGCAGAAGACAAUCAGAAACGAUCACAACUAACCCACCUGUGACUAAUGUGUAUGAAGUCAACAGAAAAGAAUUACCCGCCAAUAUGAAAACAGUCCAAAAUCAACAAAUCACACACACUACCAACAAUGAAGAUUCAAACAUUUCAUCGAUUAAUGGCAACAAUGAAAGUGGACGAUCUUCAGCUACAAAAGAAGAAGAUUCAUGGAGUUCCUCAGUUCUUCAAAAAGACUAUUUACCACGUAAAUUUAGUUCUUCUGAUGUAAAAUUGAAACGAAUAAAUGUAAAUACUCCUGAAAAUUCGGAAAACAUGGAAGAGCUAAUGAGUCAGUAUCGUGAGCAAUUACGUCAAUUAAAUGAGUGUAUUGAAAAGGUUCAGCCGAAUUCUUAUCAUCCUGUCUCAAAUAUUUCGCGUAAUUUAAGUCAAUCAACACAAUCUGUACAUAAGACGAAGUAUCAUCCUUCAGAAAGAGAGAUGAUUACGCAUAAUGCCUACACACCAACCGUUAACGGUUCAACAAUCAAAAAUCAUUUAAUUAAUGACAGAAUUGAAAAGGAUUUUUUCAAACAAAAUAUCAGCGAACGCGGUCAUCAUUAUCAUCACACGAGAAAAAAGAUAACUGACUCGAAAUCAGAUAAUUCUACACCGAUAGCAACAGGUCGUGUGUUGGGCAAUAACUAUCGUCUGCAUGAAAGGUCAAAUAAUCCAAUGAAUGUUAAUUCACUACUUAAUAAUAAUAAUAAUAAUACUAAUAACAACAGUACUAGUGAAGAUGAUAUUAACGGAAUAUUGAUACCAAUAAAUUCAACAUCCAUUAAUACAGAUCAAACAAGCACAAGUGACAGUGACUAUAAUUACAAUGAUGAUGAUCGGAUAACAGACUGUAGUACGGAGAAUACAAGUGAAUGCAAAAGAAAAGUCACUGCAAAGAAAAAUACACCUAGGAAAAUUUCUAGCAAAAGACAAACUCAUCUGUCUGAAUCACCAAGUUUAGAUCAAUUGGCUGAAAGAUUGCAAGAAUUGAAAAAAAUGCUUCAACUAGAACGUCAAGAAAUUGAAGAAGUAGUAGCCUCUAAAACUGAAGUGAUAAAACAACAAGAAAAAUCAAUUGAACAAUUAGAAUCAGAACUUGAUCAAUUGCGUCGAGAAUGUCGACCAUCAAAAGUGAAGCCACCAAAUGGUGGUAAGCGUAAUAGUAAAUCGACAUCACGUACCGUAAGUCCAUCGUCUUCCUUCUCAUCAGAAUGUUAUCCAUCUAAUUUAUCCGAUGUAAAUCAAGCUUGUCACGGCUAUUAUCACCAACAUCAUCAAAAUAUGAAUACAGUUGUUACCAGUAAUAAUCUAAGUAAUGACAAUAACUGUAAUGAUGACGACAGUCAUCAUAACAACCAUAAUUCAGUGGAUGCGAUGAGUACUACUUAUCACAGCAAUCAAGGCUUGAAUACUAUUGGUCGUAGUGAGGCAGCCAGUAUGGAAAAUUAUCGUACUCAAAGUUUUCGAGAGAAGUUACCCUGGCAUGGACAAACAAAUAAUCGAGAAACACUGGUUAGAUGUGAUUCAAAUUCAUUCUACCUAUCAAGAGGUAAUGAAGGAGCAAGUAUGUCAUUAGGACAUUUAACUGAAACUGAUCGUUCAAUACAGAUGAAACGUCAUAUUUCUGAAACUAAAAUGCUACCUCACUAACAACACAAAAAUAUAAUGAACACUAUAAAAAUGCAUUCAAGAAGGAAUAUUUGAAAUAUAUUUAGUUUCGUAGCAGUCAGCCAUUUAUUCCACCUACAUAAAGUAGAUUCUCGUUGAUGCAUUACAAACAACUGAUACUUCGACUGUCAUCCUCAUACCGUUGGAACAAAAGCAUCUACAGAAAGCUACAUUUUUAAUAACAAGUAUCGAGAUAUAAACUUCAGAAAUAAACAUUUUCAUUUUGUCAACUGCUUCUCUAUUGUCUUUCCGUUUGUUUGUUUUUCUUGUUUUUUUUUUUGGACUUUGAUAGAUCAAGAUGAAAUACAAAAAAUGUAAAGCAUGAGAAUGAAUCUUUUUUUCGUGAUGUCUAUCCAUCUUUGCUCUACAUUUUUCCUUUUCAUAUUUUAACAUUAAAUAUGUCAAGAUUUUGACAUUACCAUUGAAAAUGAAUGAACUUUCAUAUUCAGUGUGUUCAAUGCCAAAAAUCAGAAACAGCUUUUAAUGUACAUAAAUUUAAUAAAUAGAUAGAGAUAUGCCUCUAUACAGACACUAUAUAAAUAUGUAGGUAUAUUGAUAUAACUGUCUCAUUUUCAUAAUAAAAACUGAAAAAAACAGAGCCUGAAAUUUAUCUAUUCUAUAAACAGUUUCUUUUCUGUCACUGUGGUUUCAUUUGUCUCAUAUUCUGUUUUUAUAUGUGAGGUAUCUUUGACUACUUUUUUACUGAAACCAGUAGUAAAUCACAACUAAAAAAACUGCUUCACUAUCAACAUAUGGAAACUAAAUUUCAUAAUUGAAAAACAAAAGGACUUUAACUAUUAUCCCUACGAGUUUACAAGGAUACAAAAUAAGAAAAAACACUUAACUGUCAGUAAAUAUAGUUCAUUUCUGUUCCAAAUACUCAGAUUCUAAUGAUGCAAGAUUGGAUAUUUAUAUCGUAGGUGUUUGCACUUUGUUUUCGAACAGCAACUAAAUAUCAGAAUGUUUGUAUCUUUGUGAUAAUGUAAAAAUUAAUUGUGAUAGGAAGUUCUCAUCAAUCACUUGGCGUUAAAUUUUCUUUAUUAUUGUUCCCUUGGGUUCCGAAUGAAACAUAGGGCUUCAGCAACACAUCUCCAUUUGUCCCAUUUUCUGAGGUCCCCCUAAGCUGACCUCACGAUUCCUCAUAAUCUCUCAUCUCAUCCUCACACAAUCUACGCCAUAUCACACUCUGACCACAGACCAACUCGUCAUUUCCCAUUCGGAUUCCACUCGACCGAUGUCAUUCCACGGUCUCCUCAGCGUAUGCCCAAUCCAUCUCCAUUUUCUUCUACAUAUUUGUUGAGCAAUAGAUUGGUUCUUCGUUGGUUUGUCCCCAUAGUUUCUUGUUGCUAAUUUUCUCUGACCGGACAUCUGAUCUUCAAUACGGAGCCAGUGAAGGCAGCCGUUAAUGAAAGUCUGCAACAAGCUGUUGGAGAUGCUUCUUCCUAAGAC